UUUCAUCCUAAAGCAGAUGAACCUGAGCAGUAGAGGAGUGGAUGGUGAAGCCCGUCGCCGGUGUUUGAGGAGACAGAAGGUGAUUAACGCUAAAGCCCCUGAGAUGGAGGAGCUCCUGGCUGUCAGUAACUAACUUUUGGCCAAUCAGAAGGCGCUAUGAGAGUCACGUGACUGAAGGUCUCUGCCUGUGAGGUGAAGUGUUGGACCUGAGGUAGACCCUGAGUGUGGAGAGAUGUCUGGUCAGACGGAUGCGCUGAUGGGUCUCGGCUCACUGGGGAUUGUGGGUAACGACCCUGAUUAUAUCACACAGCUCGUUAGUGACGUGCGCAGUUUCGCUGAUGUCCUCCUGAGUCUAAAGAAAGCUUUCAAUUCUACAGUGGGCACAGAGGAGGAGUGUGAAUAUGAGGUGGUGAGGGAAAGGCUGGCUGAGCUGCUGCGAGUGUUGAGGUGUGUGAUCAAUAAACACCAGGCAUUAAACUCGGAGGAGAUCCUCAGUGCUGCAGGCGCGGUCAUUGCCAAGGUCAAAGGCCUGAACUUAAAGGAAGAGAACAAAGAGAAGCAGAGUGGAGUGUUUCGUGAGAUCUACACAUCCAUCGACACGUUGGCCUUCACGUUUGGCAAUGUAGUGUCAGAUUUCCUUAUGGGAGAUGCGGACAGCGGCUCCGGAGUGGAGCUCUCCCAGACCAGGAGGAGCCGAUCGUUUGAAAACCUCACUGGAGAUUCAAGAGAACACAAAAAACUGGAAGACUCUGAGCUGUCGCCCAUACAGAGAGUGGACCAGGCCUUGCAGCAGAAUGACAGUGGCGUUGAGUCGGCUCUGCUUUACGCCAAGGCCUGGUCCAAAUAUGCCAAAGAUGUUCUGACCUGGGUGGAGAAACGCCUCGGCCUGGAUAUAGAGUGUGCUAAAGGAUUUGCAAAGAUGGCUGAAUCAGCGAAAGCCGUUGCAACUCAGCAGGACUACAUGCCAUUCAGAGGGGUUUAUGUGUCAGCAUUUGAGAAUGAGCUGGAUCACAGUCAUGCUCUUCUUCAGACAGCUACAUCUCUCCAAACCAACAAGUUCAUUCAGCCUCUGGUAUCACGGAAAAAUGAACUGGACAAACUGAGGAAGGAGUUAAAAGAGCUGUGGCAGAGGGAGCAGAAGAAAACGAGUGAAGCAGAGAGUGCGCUGCGUAAAGCUCGACUUCUUCAGACCCAGCGCAAGGAAGAGCUCGAGAAGACUCGCGGCUCUCACGGCCGAACAGUAGACGAGCAAACACACACUCUAGGAAGAACGCAGGAAAGGAAGAGGAAGAUGGAGGAAGAGGCGCUGCAGAAGGCUGAAGAGGCUCAGGAACACUACAGAGUGUGUUUCGCAGAUUCUGAAGCUAAAAAAGUAAAUCUGGCUAAAACAAAGAGUGAAAUCCUGACUCAGCUCCGAGAGCUCAUCUUCCAGUGUGACCUCACCCUCAAAGCUGUAACAGUGAACUGGUUCCAGAUGCUACACAAUCAGCUGGUAUCAGUUCCGGUACAGUACCAGACACUGUGUGAUCAGGUGAAGCAGUAUGAACCGGGACAGUGUUACUCUGAGUUUGUACACAGUUUACCUAAAGAGAGAGUUUGGCUCGAGGCGCUGUCUCAUGGCCAUGCAGGACCGUCCAGGACAGGCAUGCCCUAUCAUAAAAGAUCACCAAGCACACACUCGUCUCAGGGGAAUUUGUCUCAGCUCUCUGCUGAUGAAGUGAACAGUCUUGUUCAUAAAUGCGUCAGCAAAAUGGACGAACCACUAUCCAACACCAACACAGCUGACAUGCACGCCCUGAAGGGAGGGAUGUGCAGUGAUUCAGAAAGUGCUGGAGGAAGCAGUGAAUCUCGGUCUGUGGAUUCUCCUACUGCCAGUCCAGGAGAUUUUAAACGCAGACUUCCCAGAACUCCAUCCACAGGCACCAUGUCAUCUGCUGAUGAUUUAGAUGAAAGAGAACCUCCUUCUCCCUCAGACAACGGUCUGGGUGAGAUGGUGACAGAGAUGACGAAUUCUCCCGGCCCUUUUAGAAACACUCAGAUGUCCAAAGCAGCUCUUACACACAAGCUGAGAAAGCUGCGUGCUCCAUCCAAAUGCAGGGAGUGUGACAGUCUGGUGGUGUUCCAUGGAGCCGAGUGUGAGGAGUGUUCUUUAACAUGUCAUAAGAAGUGUCUGGAGACGUUGGCGAUUCAGUGUGGUCAUAAGAAGCUCCAGGGCAGGCUGCAUUUAUUCGGUAUUGAUUUUUCUCAGGCGGCUAAAAACAGCACAGAUGAAAUUCCCUUCAUCAUCAAGAAGUGCACUUCAGAGAUCGAGAGUCGUGCCCUAAACAUCAAGGGAAUUUAUCGUUUAAAUGGAGCAAAAUCUCGAGUGGAGAAACUCUGUCAGGCAUUCGAAAACGGAAAAGACCUGGUGGAGCUGUCAGACCUAUACCCACAUGACAUCAGCAAUGUGCUCAAACUGUACCUGAGACAGCUACCUGAGCCGUUGAUCCUGUACAGGUAUUAUAAUGAGAUUAUUGGUCUGGCUAAAGAAGCUCAUAGCCUCAAAGCAGACGAUACACACUCACCUCGCCUCAGCAUCGAGCUCAACCGAGUCAUCCUCAAAAUACGAGACCUACUGAGACACCUUCCUCCUGCACACUACAGAACCCUUCACUUCCUCAUCACACACCUGCACAGAGUAUCGACACAUGCAGAAGAGAAUAAAAUGGAUGCGAGGAAUCUGGGUAUCAUCUUCGGGCCGACGCUGAUUAAACCCAGGCGAUUGGAUUCAGACGUGUCCCUGUCCUCUCUCGUUGAUUACCCCUACCAAGCCCUGAUGGUGCAGCUGCUCAUCCAACAUCAUCUGAAGAUUUUUGAUGUCCAGUUAAGCCCUGCCUCCUCCAUCAACCGUCCACUCAGCCACUACUCACAGUCUCUCAUAGACAUCAAAGAGAGCUCUAAAGCCCAUAAGAGAUACUCGUCUGUUCUUCCCACAUCACACUCCGUGGAUGAAGUGAAGGAAGUGCACUUGGCGAGUGGACAGGAGAGGAAAGAGGACACAGCCGCUGACAGUACAGAUGGUGUUAAUGAUGUUGGCUCGUCUUUAGCUGGCAGUCGCCUCAGUACAAAUGUAAAUAUUCCAGCAGUGAAGCUCCGCCCCUCACGAACCCACUACCUGUCCCGCCCUGUCAGUUUACCUGUGGAUCGCCUACUUGGCGAACGCAGCAUUGUUGAGCGAGAGAGCUUGGGCGGGGCCAUUGCAGAGAAUCCGGAGGCGGAAAAAACAGAGACCCGCUCCAACCGCAGCCCCUUUGUCCACACACACACCCUCAGACGCACCUGGGACAAACAGUACCGCCAUUAUGAUGUCACACCUCGCACUGCCAUGAUCGUCGCUAACCUCCCUCCCUCAGGGGCAGUGGGCGGAGCCAAAACAGAAACGACCAAAGCAGACGCAGUCAAAUCGGACGCAUCCAAAACAAGUGGAGUUUUAUCUCAGAGCACCGUGACCAUGCGCUCAUUUCGGACUUUGAGGCGAGACAGCAGCACGAGCGACAAGGAAGUACCGAUCGCAUUUCGAGCAACGAGGACUCUUCAGCCGCCACCCGGAACGUUCUACAGGCCUCCACACGUCCACGUUAAAACACCAGACACGGAAAAGAACACUAACGUUUCCACGACUACCGCCGUAACUACACUGUCUGUCACUAUAGCUGCACCGCUAGCCACGCUAAACGUGUGUCCAACCUCUGCUACACUGUCUGUCACUCCCACCUCACCCUCAACAGGAAGUGACAUACACAGUAAACAGGAAGUGCAGUCAGGGUCAGAGUCAGACGAUGUGAGUGAGAAUAAAUCCGUGUAUCAGAGAGUGAGAGAGAACCAGCACUCACACAGAGAGGCACGCUUUGUAUAAACACACACACACACACACACACACACACACUCUCUUCUCUGUUCAAGCUACACACCUUCAUACACACCACAACACAAUGCUGUUAUUGAGACUAAUUUCAAUCUAUUUUUAAUUUUUAACCUCAUUUUUUAUCCUCAUGAGCCCUGAUCAAGUGUCUGUGAAGAUCCUGUGGGAAAAUCGCUCUCUUCUUUCUGUUUUUUCUUGAGCUGAUGCUCAAGCCUGGCCACACCCACUACCAAUAGCACUUAAUAAUAAAGAUUAGAACGGUGUGUGUGUGUGUGUGUGGGUUGGGUGGUGGAGGGUUACACAUGAAGUGUGUACAUGAGUGUUUAUUUGUUCUUCAGCACUAAAUGAACGUCCUGUUCAGACUCUGUUUUUAGUGAAUUGUUUUUGUUUUUAUUUAUGGACUGUUACAGAGCAGCACCAUGAGACUGAUGAUGAGGGAAUGUUUCAUACAGUAGAUAUAAACAAGUCUAAGGUAACAACACAAAUAACAACAGGGACCUUAACGACUUUUUCUGUUUAGGCCACACCCACUUUAGCUUUAACUGGAGUUCACACUGGACAUCACUCACAGACUGGAUGUCUCUCACACAUACACACCAGACGUCUCACUCACAGACUGGACAUCUCACUCACAGACUGGACGUCUCACUCACAGACUGGACGUCUCACACAUACUGGACGUCUCACACACACAUACUGGACGUCACACAGACUGGACGUCUCACACACAUACUGGACGUUUCACACACACACACACACAGACUGGAUGUCACACACACACACAGACUGGACGUUUCACACACAGAGGAGAGCGUUACUGAUGCUCUGAUUAACAGUGAGUGUUAACGAUACACACCCUGUCUAUUAUUUAAAAAAAUAUUAAUAUGAAAAGUCUUAACUGGAAAUAUUUUUUACAUGCAGUUUGCUUGAAAUAAAGUGUGUGUACAGUAAAAGUGUUUGUACAGAUGAAGUAAAUGUGUAAUAAUAUUUGAUGCAGAUUUUACCCUGAUGAUGCACUUAAGUAAUGUGUGUGUGUGUGUGUGUGUGUGUGUGUGUGCAUGUGUGUAAUAUACAAUGUAUGUAUUGGCAAAAUUGUACAUCAUUUUAUUGUAAUGUAAUGAUUCAUAUAUAUGUGUGUGUGUGUGUGUGUGUGUGUGUGUGUGUGUGUAAUGUGUUUGUAAAACACUCCACUGACCAUAAUACAGAAUCUUUUAUACA